AUGGACGGUAGUAUAAGGUCGCUUUUGCAAAGCUGUCGAGGCGAUAGUGAGCCUGAAAGUUUAUUUGAACCGUACGAAAAGUUGAAACAGGAGAGCGAUGGAAAUGUGAAAGCCAAUGUUGGGACUGAUUUGUUUGUAUUAUGUGCUGAAGUUGCUUGUCUGGUGAGCUAUAUUUAUUUGUAAAAUGAUAGUGGAGGAAGAAGUACAUAACUGUUUUUGUUCGUUUGAAAUUGAACGUUAAAGUAGUUAGUACAAAUAUGCAGCAAUGUUUUGUCAAUACUUUGCCCCAGGGAGGAGCAUCAGCCAUCAGGUAUACCCCAAUUCACUGGUAUACCCACAGAAUUUGACAUUUUGUAAUGACAUUUAUGUCAAUUUUCCAACUGUGGAGAUACCUGAUUAGGUCAAAGUAUUAACUUCAAUUCCCCAACUGAUUAAAAAUACUCAAAGAAGAGCACUAAAUUAUCUGUGGCAUAUAUAGCCAGCCCAACGAUUUGGUCCCGCCAUGCCAGGUUGGAAUCCGUAGGUGUUACGCUGGAUAUCUCCGGCGUAAAAUCUUAUUGAUAUUUACGCCAUCAGCAGGCAUGCAGAGCAAAUGAAUGAUCACCUGAUCAUUCACCGGAUCAAUAAUACCAAAUUAUUAUUUAAUACAUCAUGAUGGUUGGGAAAAAAUUUUAUUUACAGGUACAAUGUAAUAUUUUAUUAAAGUCUUGAGCUUUUUGUUAUUUGAAAUGGUACUCUUCAACUGACUUGGAUUUAAGUUAUUGACUGCUGACUUGUCAGACCUGUGGUAUUUUGUGGCCAUUUCCGUUGCAUUAAAAAUCGUAGACGUAUAUUUCCGGAUGUGGCGUAACUAGUCGAUGUCCACUUGGCGUAACCUCCGGCGUAAAAAUUUUACGGAUUCCAACCUGGCCGCCAUGGAAAUUUCAACUCAUCGUUAUUCAGUUCUUUAGAAAUUGAUUGUGUUGAUAAGUUCUUUGUAUGUUUGCAUGGCGAUAAAACAUAUAUUAAUUGUUUUGUUUGUGGAAACACCACGUAAAUUUGUUACUGCAAAGCUUUCGAUCCGUAAGCCCGGAUCUUCAUCAGUGCUAGUCAUAAGUUCUCUCGCAAAAUGAGAGAGUCAAUUGAAAUCGAGAAGCACAAUACUAUAGAUCAGGAGGGAAAGCCACUAGAUAGUAUGUGGCAUGCUCUCUUUAAUGUGCAAAAUUAAUUUCUCUACAUUUGAAAUGACAUAGUUGAUGUGCCGUUUAAUUAAAUUUCAAAUGACUCAAGCCAACAGAUCACGACACUUUUGUAUAUAAAAAAGGGCGUGUGAAUGAUGAAGAUCCGGGCUUACUGAUUGAAAGCUUUGCAGUAAUAAAUUUAUGUGGUGUUUCCACAAACAAAACUAUAUAUUAUUAUGGGAGCAGCUAAGGUUUAGUAAACAAUUUGCUAAACCAUAAUACCAUAUGCUUGCACAUGGGUAACUAGGUCAAUGUGGAAAGUAGUAUUUGACCGAUCAUGCCACAACUGGAAUUGUUACUGAUCAUUCCAAAUCACAAUUAAUUGGCUUGAUUCCAAUUAUUAAAUUAUACUGUAAUCAUUUUCAAAAUUUGUUGGAAUGUUUGUGGCUUGUAACAAACAUUUAUAUCUAUCAGCUCCCUCCCCAUUUAAUGUUGUUUACCUGCGCACGCAUCAAAGUAAGAUGCUAUUAAACUGAGACCCAACAUUGAAACAGGGGUGGGGGGGUGUAUGUGGAUGAUGUUUUUUGUCAGAAUGAUAGGUAGUUGGGGCAUAUCUGUCCCAACACGUUAUUUUGCAUGUGCAUAAUUGACACAAACACAAUUUCAUUAAUUUGCAUGCACAUUAAUUGGCAUAUUGAACACAAUUCCUUCAAAUGAUAAAAUAUUUUUCAGCCCAUAUACAGUUAGUAGUUAAUUGCAUAAAAAGUACACAUCCUUGAGCUUGGCAAAUUGACAGCCCUUUCAUAAAAAUCAGUAACAUAUACAAUUGGGAAUUUGUGUUUGUUCAAAAAUGUUUUAUCUUUGUUAUAGCAUAAGAAAUUUGAGAUUGCAGAAGAUUGUAUAAAGAUGUAUUUCAAGCACUCCCCCCCUGGAAAUCAAUAUCUUUGUCGAGCAUACAUGUGUCAAGCUCAGAUACAUGCUCCAUCUUCAACAAAGAAUCCAGUUAGUGCAUUUAUAAUAAUUUUGUGCCGAAUGUUCUCACAUGAGACAUGAGUUGUGGACAACUUGAUUAAAUUUGCUGAUUAGAUGAAGAAUCAAUUUCAUAAUUAUCUUAUAUAGGAACAGAUUGAUAAAGCAGUCCUUUACUUAUUAAAAGCAAUUAAUUUUGCUAAACAAAAUCCAAGGUAUGGAAUUGAUAGAUUAAAACAUCCUGUAUAUCAAAAUAUCAGUCUAACUCUUGUGCAGUACUUGUAAGUGUCCAGGCACAAGUCAGCUGUUGGUUUAACAUUUUCUUUUUAUUAUCAUUUAUUGUAUCUGUUUACUGUGUCUUGUCAUAGCAGCCCUAUUAACCAUAUAUGUUUUUGUCCCUGGAUGGCAAUUUAUUGUUAUCAAAUGUUAAUCCAUGUUAAUAGUAUUAAAAUAAUAGAUAUGUCUAUUUUUAUAUUGUACAGUAUGUACUGGUAUUGUCUUGUUUGUAAUGUCUUUAUAAUCAAGUAUUUGAUAUUUAUUGGUAAAAAUUGCCUAAGUGGAUAGAUAAUUUUAUCUUUGAGGGCAUUUUUGAUAUUGACAGCAAUUGUAUAUAGUGAAUUUUUUUGUGACAUAUUUUAUGUAUUUUAGAUACCAUUUCUUGGUGUAUAAUGCUUCAGUCCUGUACUGGCGGUUUUGUCGUAUUUUUCUCAAGCCAAACUAUAAACGUUUGCUUGCAAAGUCAUUGCAUCAAGUUGUUAAAGCAUUGGAUGACAUUGAUGAUGAGGACUAUGAAUGGCGAGCUCAAUUGAUGAUGUGA